GUUAUGCAAAUCCUGUAGCGAAGUUUCCCCAGUAGCAGCACCCUACGUUGACAGCGUUUAGCCUUUCAGAUAUUUGAUUUUUUGUUAAUUAUAAAUGCGAGGAAGUGUUUGAUAGCCAGGGGUCACAUACGAAUAAUUUGUCCGUUGCAAGGGGCAGAAGAGCAUCGUUUUCGCUAUGUUUGCGCCAAGAGUUUCCCAUUAGCCGGUAAUUAAAGCUGAUAGCUAACUGCUAAGAGCUAGCAUAGCUAUCUAACGAUUUCGCCGGUACAGGCGGACCUCUUUGUCUGACAGGGGAAGGCGUGCUCUUUUGUUAGCUUUUCCCUUUGUCCAUUCGGGAAAGAGGAACUGUUGGGUCAGGAUUUCACAAUAAUCUACAGCUCUGAAAGUAUUUAUAAAAUGCAAAUCGCGAAAAAAUACUUCACAGAAGGUCUGAUCCAGUUAACAAUCUUGCUCAGUUUGAUUGGAGUUCGCGUGGAUAUCGACAGCUACUUAAACGGCUAUUACACGCCUCUGAUAGAGAUUAACUUGGGUCCUAGCUCAGCGUACACCCAGACACCCUUUCAUAAUUUGAGAGACACUCUUGACGGAUAUAGUGUGCAUCCAAAAUGUCCCGAGUUGGACUAUUUCUUUGCAAGUCGACGGCUACUAGACGAGGUGAGGACGCUCGGCUCUCCGCGGUUCCCCACACAGUUGAACGCAUGGUUGGUGCACCAAGUGUCUGCCAGUGACAAGGCUGAUUCCGGGCCCUCAACCAGCAACAACGCUGACACCAGCUCAGGGUUAGAAAGCCCCCGGGACGAAGCUAGGGAUGACAGUGAACACCUGCCUGACAGAGGCCAUGAGGUGUGCCAAACAACUCCCGAACUCGGACAUGGGCCUUGCAACGCUGGAGCCUGCGGGUUUCUUAAAGAGGAUGGUGAUGCUAAAGUUAAAGUGGAGGAAGAACCUGCCCCACUCACUCAGCUGGCUCACAGUUCCACACUGGAACAAGAGAGUCUGCUUGAAGGCAUCACUGCACUGCCUGAUGUAGCACGCUUCCAUCCUUCUACCAUUGAUAUUGACCAGCAAUGGAACAAUUUACUCUCUCUGUCUGUUACUGACCUUGAUGACUUGGACUCCCUUGUUACUGAGCGCCUGUCACACCUCGACACAGACAUCACCAACGCCAUCAGCCAGGAUGUCAGUUUGCAUGAUGCCACAGUAACCAGCGCUGGAGCUUUUGGUGUGGCAUCUGAAAGAGUUGAGUCCAGGCCAGUUGCCCAACAACAAAGAACCCUCUUCCGUCUGGAAUCCACAAGUCCCUCACACUCUGAUGCGUCACCAGGGAUGGCAUUGGGCCUGGCAGCUCUCCCCUUUGCUUCAGUAUGUAAUUUAACUGGAAAUGUGUCACAGCAUAGUGCACUGGGUAACUGUCUGGAUGAGGCUGUGUUUGACCAGAUCAAUCAGCUAGGUUUAGAAGACCUGGACACUAUGGACAUCCAGUUGAUGAGCUGUCUUGGGAGCAUAGAUCCACAGGUCCUGGAGGACUUGGAUUCUGACUCCGGCCUCUCCUUGGAGAGCAGCUCUGGAGGUCCAGUCUCCCCAGGCUCAUCUGAGAUGUCAUCAUCGUCCAGCUCAUAUUGUGAGGAUGACUGUGGAGCUACAGGCUAUAGCAGUGAGGUGGAUUCAGUCCCCUCAAAACGCAUCAUGGACUACACUACAACGUGGUCACCCAUUGAUCUGAGUGAGAGUGUGUGGCAUGACCACAGCUACUCAUCUCCUGCUUUCUUUGACCAACCAUCCAUAACACUUCCCCACAAAGGUAUCAAAGAGGAGCCUCUCAGCGACGAUGAUGAGUCAAGGUUGGAUGAGAGGGAGUUGAGUCGCGAUGAGUUGCGUGCUCGUGCCAUGUGCAUCCCAUUCUCUGUCCUGCAGAUUGUCAACAUGCCUGUGGAGGAGUUCCUGGAGGUCCUAGACGGUCACGGCUUCUCCCCUGAACAGGUGACCCUCCUGCGGGACAUCCGCAGGCGGGGGAAGAACAAACUGGCAGCGCAGAAUUGCCGGAAGCGCAAACUAGAUGCCAUCACAGGGCUCCAGGAGGAGGUGGAAAGGUUGCAUGCUCAGAGAGACAGGCUCCUGAGGGAGAAACAGCUUACAGCCAAGACAAUGGGUGCUGUGGGACAGCAAAUAAAGCAGCUGACCAUAGAUAUCCUGGCCCGGCUGAGGGAUGAGUCAGGACAGCCCCUGAACCCAGAAAGAUUUACCCUGCAGUGCGGGGCAAAUGGGAGGGUUGUAGUUCAGCCUGUAAGACGGGCUGCUGUCUCCACAUCGACUGGGAACAAAACGGACAAGAGAAAGAAGGACAAAAAGCAAUGAUGCAGUAUUGCCAGCUGAGACUUGAGCAUUUAGGUUUUGAUAUAUUUCUGAAUUUAGUUGCCUGACUCUGAUUUUGGGAUCUCCUGCUUUUGUAAAUGGGUGUGGAUUCACCACUGUUGGGAGCCUCAAUCUGCAAAAGCUGCAUAAAAGAAAAAAAAAAACUUUUGUAAAUAAAAAUUCUCAUGGGAAAAAUGUAGCUUAAACACUGGACAUUUGCUUUUUGAACAUGAACGAGGAAUCCUGGGCAGUUUAAGGCAACAGCUAUGCUCUGGGCGAUGCUACCCGUUUCUCUUUGUGCCUCUUACCAUUUUUGCAACAACAAAAAAAAAAAAAGCAUAGACAACCAGACAUGUCUAAAAGUCAGCAUUGUGACAGUUACUCGAUAGAGAUUUGUGGGGAGGAUUCUGUCUGUUUUCAUGUAAUUUUGCCUCUAAAAGUAUACCUUCUCGAUAUAAGGAGGCCAAACAAUGUAUUUAUUAAAGUUUCUGAAAUUCAUGAAGUGCUUUUGUGCAUCAUGAGACGGCCAAGGGCUGUAUCUGUUUUGUUUUGUUUUGUUUUUCAUAAUGAUAUGUUUAUCUUAAAAUGGUUAGAAUAUUGCCACAGUACCUAUCUGAAGUUUACAGGUUUGUUUAAAAUAUAUGCGGUAAUGAACUCUCAAGUAGAAAUUUGAACUGAAAUGUAAAAAAAAAAAAAAAAAGUUGUUUUCCUUAUGUCUUGAUGACAUACAGUACACCAAUGAUUAAACUGACAAGGCCUUAAUUUGUAUUGAAUUAUUGUGUGUUUGUGUGUACACACAGAUGCACAUUAUCUUGACAGAAAUGUUUUUAAUGAGGUUCCCAUUUUAUGUUUUAAAUUUAAAAAUGUGUUUCAAGCAGAAUUUUCCUUUCCUAAUUUGAAUUACUUAAUAGUUUUGGCAAGAUUGUAUUCUACCUCACACCUUUGUUAUAGGUUUUGGCUAAAUUUAAAAAAAAAAUCAACCCUUUUUAGGGGAACUUAAGUGCACUCAUUAACAACAAAUUCUUCAUUACAGAAAUGGCCCUUAAUAUACCCUAACCAUCCCAUUUUGGAAAAAAAUACACAACCACCAACUAUUUAAUAGGACCGAUUCUCAUUUUGGAUGUUGCUUUUUAUAUGUUUGAGAUUAUCUGAGAGUUGAAUUUAAGUAUUUAGUAGAAGUUGCCAUGAAGUUGGAUGAUUGAGUGAGUGAUUUAAAUGGAGUUGUUUUUUUCCCCCCUAAUUCUUCGCAAAUUUGUAUUUAAUUUUCCGGUUUGACCAAGUGUUUACUUUGCUGUUUGUAUAAACUACAUAAACUUGUUUUUCUUUGUUGCUGGAGGCAGAUGUUUUUGUUUGCAUGGUGAUUGUUGAAUGAAAUGAAAUUUGAAAUGCUCUUA